AUGUCAUUGCGGCACAGGGACCUCGACCGCUCGUUGCUGCUGCUUCCUCCUGCCCCGUCACCGCCAACUUAUGCAGCCUUGAAGACGGCGUAUGGCGCGUGUCUGUCCACUGUGCUGCAGAAGCUCUCCAGAUCUCCUCAGAGAUCGCAUGCCCCGCCUAUGCUCGACAUUGCAUUACCGUGUCCUCACCUGUAUGGAAACUUAAACUCGCCGAGAGGCCCCUUAUAUGCAUCCACACAGAGCCUGGUCGCAGGCCUCUACAAGCUCCUAUGUGUCCUUGCGGCAAAGGACUCCAUCGAUACUGAGAAUGCAGAAGGCGUCGACGCCCGCGUCAUCUUGGUCGCCUAUCCCCGCAACGGGAAGUUGGCCCAACCCUCUGAUCGUGGAAGCGCCGACCAAGACGCCCAGGGCCCGGCUAUUGGCCUGCAUGCCCUCGCUCGCUGUCCACGACCGUGGGGGACCGUCUAUUCGGUCGAGUCUGAAGAAGGGGAAGUCAUUUUGAAAAAUUUCCUCGCCCUGAGUCCUUCUGAGAGGACGGUUUUGAGAGUCAGCGGCGGUAUUGUCCCAGUCUCGUCCCCUCCUUCCCCUUUAGGCUCUGCCAAGGAUGUCAUUGCAGCGAAGAAUUACCACGCUGUUGCAGUUGGCGGCACUUUUGACCAUCUACACAUGGGUCAUAAGCUGCUACUAACCAUGUUUGCCUUUGUGCUUGGAAGGAGGUCACCCGCCGACGACAACAAACAACCAAGCAGCCUCACUAUUGGCAUUACCGGUGAUGAACUCCUCAAAAACAAGAAAUAUGCCGAGUAUCUGGAAAGCUGGCAGGACCGUCAACAAGCCGCGCAUGACUUUCUCUCGUCCGUGAUUCACUUCGGACAUCCGGACGAUGGGAGAAUCCACAUCGAGGAGAUGACGGUCCCUGGACCCAAUGGCCAUGCUGUUCAUGUGACCUACCCGUCCAACCUCGUGGUCAAAUACGUGGAAAUAUGGGAUCCUUUUGGCCCCACCAUCACCGACGAAUCCAUUUCCGCACUGGUUAUCUCGGGCGAGACAAGAAGUGGCGGCAAAGCUGUCAACGACAAGCGGGCAGAAAGAGGGUGGGGUCCGUUGGAUGUGUUCGAGGUUGAUGUCCUCGACGCCGGCGAAGAGGAAAAGCUGGACGAGACGUUUCAAAGUAAGUUGAGCAGCACCGAAAUUCGACGAAUGCAGAGCGAGCGGGCCAGACCACAAGCUCAUGCUUGA